AUGCCCAUCCCUACCGUUUCUCUCGCUGGCAACCAGGUCGGCCGUGUCGGCUUUGGCCUGAUGCAGCUCACCUGGGUCCCCAACGGUAUCCCUGAUGAGACGACCUUUGCAUGCUUGAGGGCUGCCGCCGAUGCGGGUGCUACAGCUUGGUCCUCUGCCACGUUCUACGGCCACUCUCCCGGAGGUGGCUGGGACAACAUUGAGCUCCUGGGCCGUUUCUUCAAAAAGCACCCCGAGUACAUUGGCAAGGUUACACUUGUGAUCAAGGGAGGUCUUGACGUUGCGACCCGCACACCGUCAAACGACCUCGAGGCCAACCGCAAGCUCCUUGCCACAAUCAAGGAGAAGAUGGGCGCAAACGUCCCCAUCGACGUCUACCUUCCGGCUCGUAUCCUCCGCAAGGAGGGCCUCUUCACCGCGCUCGGCGCGUCCGAGGUGUCUGCCAAGACCCUCAAGGCCGUCACUGCUGCGGGAAUCAAGAUUUCCGUCGUUGAGAUUGAGGUGUCGCUCUGGUCGUACGACAAGGACAUCCAGGACGUCAUCCAGUGGAGCACCGAGACCAAGACACCCAUCUUUGCGUACUCGCCUCUGGGCCGCGGCUUCCUCACGCGCAAGUUUAAGAGCCCCGAUGACAUUCCGGCAGGAUCCCUCCAGAGCCACUCGCCCCGCUUCCAGGGCCAGGCGUUCUACGACAACUUGAAGCUCGUCGAUGUCCUUGACGAGAUUGCCGCCAAAAAGGGUAUCAACGCUGCCCAGCUCGCCAUCGCCUGGGUCCUCUCGCUCUCGCCCGAGACCAUCCCCAUCCCAGGCUCGGCCAACCCAGAACGCACCGCGCAGAACAGCGACGCCGGUAACAUUGUUCUCACAAAGGAGGAGAUUGGAGAGAUUGACGCGAUUCUCUCCAAGUUUGACCCUUCUGGCGCCCGUUACCCCCCGGCCUUUGCCGACAUGUGCAUGGUCUAG